AAUAACGCGUUGUCGCCUUUCUUAUUCAAAUACUCCGUCUUCGCUGGCUUCUGUUCUUCAACGUAAAUCUCUUGUUCUUCAUUGAUCAACAGAUCUCAUUUCCCCCUUUUUCAAUUUUGAUUUUCAGUUUAUUCUCCAACCCCAACCAUUUCAAUCCUUCGAUUCCUUUUUAAUUGUUCUUCCUUCUCUUUUGAGGGAAUUCAAACGUAUCUUCCCUUGUUUGAGAUUACACAGCCGAUUCUUCCAUUCCAAUCGAGGGGUUUCUAUUUAUUUUCGCGAUGAUUGAUGCUGAGUUUUCCUGGUUGAUUCUUGAGUAAUAUGGAAUUUGAUAUUGCACGCCUUGAAAAUGAAUCUUUACAUCCGCCGGGAAUCUUCAAAGCUAUGGAAAAGAGUCUGUGCCGAGACCACCACGGAGAUCAUUCUUCUUGCAGAGAAUUGGAAAUACCUUCUCGGGGGAUUAGUUUGUCAGUACAUACAUGGUCUAGCUGCUAGAGGUGUUCAUUAUAUACAUAGGCCUGGGCCAGUACUUCAGGAUGUUGGCUUCUAUCUUCUUCCGGAACUUGGACCCGACAAAGCUUACCUAAGCGAGACUUUGUUUUCAUUCAUAUUUUUAUCAUUUUUCUUGUGGACCUUUCAUCCUUUCAUUCUCAAAACUAAAAAGAUCUACACAGUUCUGUUAUGGUGCCGGGUUCUAGCAUUUUUAGUUGCUUCUCAAAUUCUCCGUAUUCUGACAUUCUAUUCAACCCAACUUCCUGGUCCAAACUACCACUGCCGUGAGGGUUCAAAACUUGCAACGUUGCCUCCCCCCAAAAGUAUCCUCGAAGUUUUCUUGAUAUUUCCGAGGGGUGUAUUGUAUGGUUGUGGAGACUUAAUUUUCUCAUCACACAUGAUAUUUACUCUUGUUUUCGUGCGUUCAUAUCAAAUAUAUGGUACUCAGAGGUUCAUAAAGCAGUUGGCCUGGUUACUUGCUAUAGUUCAGAGCUUCCUAAUAGUAGCCUCACGCAAACAUUACACUGUUGAUGUUGUAGUAGCAUGGUAUACAGUAAACCUUGUUGUAUUCUUUGUCGAUAAGAAAUUGCCAGAAUUGCCUGAUCGAACCAAUGUCGCUGUAUCUACAUUGUUACCAUUGAGUACGAAAGAUAGAGAUACCAAGCCGAAGGAUGAGAACCACAAGCUCAUCAAUGGGAACUCAGGGGACCCUGCAGAUAGGAGGCUGAGAACUCAAGUAAAUGGCAAGAUUCUUGAAGAGGGAAAUGCAGUUCAUAUCAAUGCCUCGAUGAAUGGUGGCACGUAGAGCAACCGUAAGUUUUCGAAAUGGGCCUGCAAAAGAGAUUUAUAUCAACUGCUCAAUCUUGGAAUUGGGAGGGUUGCAUGAAUCUGUAUCUCUGUGAUUGUUUAUAUGAGUUGGUAGUUUUAACUUUAUUUUGACAGCCCCCCAAAAAAAGGAAAAAAGAAAAAAAGAAGUAACUUUGAGUUAUGCUUCUUUGACAAUUUUGCAGCAUCGUGUUCUACUUCUACUACCUCUACCUUAAAUAGCGCAUUAAAUGAAUCAAAAGUUUGGAAUUCCAGUUGUAAGUGUGGGAGCGGAUUGAUAAUUAGAUAGAAAUAGACAAAACAUUUAGAACAAUGACACUAGAAAAGCAUCACCUGAUAGGUACACAGCCAUGCAUAACAGGGUGGAAGACAAUUUGUAGGCCCACAUACAGAACAGCCAAACGUUUGAAUUGAAAAAGUUGGAUGAAAUAACAUGCGAGGAGAGCACAUGAUGUUCCUUUUUAUGAUGAGGAUCUUGCAUGUGCUGUCCCAGCAAAAUUUAAUG